UCUGCGGAGCCUGUCACCUGGAGAAGCCAGGCUCUUCCGGGGCUGGGACGGCUGUGGGCGGCAGGAUGCCUCGGCGCUGCAAACUCAUAAAUACUGCAGCCGUAGUGGUGGCCGGAGACGUGCGUGCGGGCAUUUGGCGCCCUCGAGGCAUCUGGAUAACCAGUCCCCUCGAAGACCUCCCUACCAUCCUGCCUCCCCCGCAGUGACAUUACCUGCCUCCGUUCUCCUUCCUGCCCCCCCCAACCCUCCUACUGUCCCUGACCAAAUCUGAUCUACCCCUGCCCAGUCCCCGACCCCUUCCCCUCUCUGCACCCCACCCCCCUCCACUAUGAGCCCCUUUCUUCCCUGCUGGUCCUGCUGCUGUCUGCUCCUGUUUUUCUCCCUGGGAAUCCAGGGGAUCCCACAAGAUCCCAAAGCUGCCCCGGAGCAAGUCCACCUGUCCUACCCAGAUGAGCCGGGAUCCAUGACUGUCACCUGGACCACAUGGGUCCCGACCCCGUCUGAAGUGCAGUUCGGGCUACAGUUAUCGGGGCCCCUGCCCCUCCGGGCCCAGGGCACUGCCAGCCCCUUUGUGGAUGGAGGCUUUCUCCGGCGGAAGCUCUACAUACACCGUGUCACACUGCGGGGGCUGCUGCCGGGCAUCCAGUACGUUUACCGCUGUGGCAGUACUCAGGGCUGGAGCCGGCGGUUCCGCUUCAGGGCCCUAAAGAAAGGACCCCACUGGAGCCCCCGUCUGGCUGUGUUUGGGGACCUUGGGGCUGACAACCCGAGGGCCCUACCCCGGCUGCGCAGGGACACUCAGCAGGGCAUGUACGAUGCUGUUCUCCAUGUGGGAGACUUUGCCUACAACAUGGAUCAGGACAACGCUCGCGUCGGUGACGAGUUCAUGCGGCUCAUCGAACCCGUGGCAGCCAGCCUGCCGUACAUGACCUGCCCUGGGAAUCACGAGGAACGCUACAACUUCUCUAACUACAAGGCUCGCUUUAGCAUGCCGGGGAACACCGAGGGCCUGUGGUACAGCUGGGAUGUGGGCCCUGCACACAUCAUCUCCUUCUCCACGGAGGUAUAUUUCUACCUCCACUACGGCCGCCACCUGGUAGAGAGACAGUUUCACUGGCUGGAGAAAGACCUCCAGAAAGCCAAUAAGAACCGGGCAGCUCGGCCGUGGAUCAUCACCAUGGGUCACCGGCCCAUGUACUGUUCCAAUGCUGACUUGGAUGACUGCACAUGGCAUGAAAGCAAGGUUCGAAAAGGCCUCUUUGGCAAAUUGUUUGGAUUAGAGGACCUUUUCUACAAAUAUGGGGUCGACCUGCAGCUGUGGGCUCAUGAGCACUCAUACGAACGGCUGUGGCCAAUUUACAACUACAAGGUAUUUAAUGGCAGUCAAGAGACACCCUACACCAACCCUCGAGGCCCUGUCCACAUCAUCACAGGAUCUGCUGGCUGCGAGGAGCGCCUGACUAGGUUCACUCUCUUCCCACGGCCCUGGAGCGCUGUGCGGGUGAAGGAGUAUGGGUACACGCGGCUACACAUCCUCAAUGGGACCCACGUCCACAUCCAGCAGGUGUCUGAUGACCAGGAUGGGAAGAUUGUGGAUGAUGUAUGGAUGGUGAGACCCCUGCUCCACCGGAUGAUGUACCUCUAGGGAGGGAGCAGCUCUCAUCAGGAACCACUGGCCUUGCUGCCUUGGCUGGUGUAACAGGACCCAGGCCCGGCUGGGGAGUCAGGGCUGGCAGGCUGGGGAGUCAGGGCGGGCCUCGACUCCUCUGCCUUUCUGAGGCCCCACGGGGGUGAAUGCAGCAUGAGGGGGCCAGGCAGCUCUCCCCUCCUGGAGAGGUGAGGGUCCCAGCAGCUGUGCUGGAGGGCAGGCGUGGACACACACACAGACAGACUCAGGUGGGUGACACAGCCUUGCCCUGCUGCAUAGCACUGACUGGGCGAGGUGCCCACAGGCCUGGGGAAUAAAGAGACUUGUGGUUGUGGCUCCGUGGACUCUGCACUUCUGCUGGGCAUGUCCCCUGGGCUGCCCCUCUCCUGUCCGCGUGGGCAAGAGGCAUCAUCAGCCCCAACUCUCAAGGUGGGCACAUCAUGACACCCCUCUCCAGUAGGUGGCGACCGUGACUUUCUCCCCUUUAGCCAGCCUUCACUGCACUAAUGGCCAGAAAGUGCAAAGGACCGUCCCUUUGUGCCACAGUUUCCCAGCCUGGCACUGUCUUACCCUGGAAGCUGAGAAGUGUUAACACUGCCUUCAAGCUGGAGUGGCUGGCAAGCCUUGGGUGUCACGGACCUGCUGUUUUUCUCCCUUCUUCCCCCUCCCCUGUUUCCCUUCUUCCUUUCACUAUUCAACAGCUAUUUAUUGACUGCCUGUGAUGCACCAGGCCCUGCUCUCAGUACUGGGAGACAGCCAUGCAUGGGUGGAGAACUCUGCCCUAGUAGAGCUGGCAUUCUACCCAGGCAACAGACAGCGAACCCAGUGAAUCAGUAAACUACGAUAAGUGCUCAGAAAACGCAGGGAAGGGGAUGGAGAGUAGGGGGAGGAGUCUGAGGGAGGAGCCACGUGAGGAACCCAGCGGGCAGUGUUCCAGGCAGAGGAAAAGCCAGUGCAAAGGCCCUGAGACAGAAUCGCGCCUGCCCUGUCAGGGGGUCAGUGGGGAGGCCGGUGUGUCUGGAGCAGAGAAUGAGGGGAAAUGGAGGCAGGGGGGUGAGGGCACAGAUCGUCUGGGGUGUUGUGGGCCACAGGGAGGACUUCGUCUUUUACCCUCAGUGAGCUGGAGCCACAGGAGGGCUCUGAGCUGGUUGACAAACACGACCUGAUUCCGGUAGUUCUAGGCAAAGGCUGAGGCCUCUCUCGAGGGAAGCCCGGGAGUCCCAGCUCUAAGGCUGACUUCGAGUCUGUUCUCCCCCGUGCUGGCGCUGACACAUCUUAUUCCCAUCCGCUGCCGCUCGGCCCAGGGCACCAUGGCUCCUGGCGGUUUCUGGGACCCACCAAGCUUUUUCUCACCGUAGGGCCUGGGCACUUCACCCUCUGAGUGCCCUCAUCCCAGCUCACCCCAGGCAGGCACCUUCUCAGGCCCAGGUCUCAGCCUUCCCUGACAGCCCCAGCUACAGUCACUGCAGUCACUCUGUGUUCCAUCUGUUUACUUCGUUUCUAGCUCCUGGCAUUCUGCAGUUCUCUAGUUGGUUUGUUAACUGCUCAUUGUUGAUGUACCCUGCUGGGCGGGGGCAGGGGCGGGGGUCUGAGAGGGUGGAGACCAAAACCAUUUCGUUCAUUCCUGAGUCUGUCUCCUCUACCAGCCCCUCCCAGACCCUUCGCAGGCUGGGUCAGGGCCCUGGGCCCCACCAUUUCAGCCUCGCCCUUUCUGGGCCGUGCUGUCUGGGAGUGGGCCUGUCUCUACCACUGGACUGUCAACCCAGGAGGGUGGUGUUCAGGACUCGAUCUGGCCAAGCCCAGCACGAGACAGAUGCUUAAUAAAUAUUUGUUACCUUAAUGAAGGCUGCCACAUGCCAGGCUCCAGGCAACACCAGGGACAGCAAUGAAUCAGAGCCAGUCAGGCCCCGUGGGAGGUCGCAGGCCAGCAAGGAAACACGGUUACCCAACAUGGGUGACAAGCAGUGACAGCAUGCCAUGCAGGGGUGCAGCAAGCCUGUGAAGCUGUGGAGUCAUCCUUGCGCAGUGUGGCCAGACUGAGCAUGCCCGGGUAAUGGGGUCCAGAGAGUGAAGGCCAGGCUCAGGAGCCAGGCAGGAACUAGGUUCAGACCUCAGCUCUGCCUCUGCCUGUGGGAUGUGGAGCCACCAGCCCACUCUGAACCUCUGUUUCUUCAUCUGUAUCAGAAAGAAUGGUCAUACUUUGUGGU